UGGAGUGGAGUGUAAAUAUGUCCUUUGGAAACCGGAUUUUGUUUACAGAUAAUUAUAGAAUAGAACAAUAGUUUUUUUACUUCAUGGCCUUAAAUAUAAUAGCAAAUAAAUAACAAAUGCGACGAUUUUUAGCCCCUUAGCUUCUUAUGUGGUUGAAAGAGAACCCGUUGUCGUCGGGCUGCGCAGACAUGUAAGCGCGGUGCAAUAUCCUGUUGCCAACCAGAUAAUUGGCCAGCAACGGUACUCCUUCCGAGCAUGCUCCGUCAUGAACACAUACAGGCACACACACAUGCAUAACGAUGACUCAGUAGCAUUUCCUAAGGAAUAAAAUGGAAAAUUAUGAUUGCCAAAUGGGAAAAAUAUAAUAAUAUAUGUAAAUAUAUUGAGCGACAUUUCGAAUACGGAUAACUUAAAAAACUACAGGCGGCAUAAACUAAUUGCGACGGUUAGUGAAUUAAAAGGAAAGUUCCCGAUAAUGACAACCACCAGUACGUGCAAGAGGAUUUCCUCGGAAACAGCAACAAAUGAAAUAAUCACAGCAAUCUCAACAACAAAGCCUUCAAGCCACUCAUCUCAGGGAACAUCCGUUAUUUGCGAGGAAGUAUUUGACGAUGCCUGUUUUCCUUCAUCAGAGGAAAUUAAUGAGUAUGCCUCCCUGAUUGGAAUCGAACCUCAUCGGGAACAACAUUUGCUUUAUCUCGCCAAGGAAGGAUUGAUGGCCGCAUUGCCAUUGGAUUGGAAAAUAUGCUACUCUGAGGAAAAAAAUGGUCAUUACUAUCACAAUACUCGUACCAAAGAAUCGCAGUGGGAUCAUCCCCUUGACGCCAUAUAUCGCGAUUUGGUAAAUCAGGCUCGUCUAAAGGUAUGGGAUUCAGCUGCAGUCAGCGAAAAUAUGCAAUUCGUUGACAACUCCGAUGAUCUAUCGCAGUUGGAUUCUGGUAUACGUAGUAUGCAGGGCUUCGAUGAAAUUCCCUCGCCCGGCCCAUUGCCUCUUAACACAUUAACUAGAAAAUGGUCGAUCGCUAACAAAACUAGCUUUUUGGGGCCGAGUGUGUUAAGCGCAGGUAAAAGUCGAUUUUUGGAUUCUGGUUCUAAGGAGUUUGGACGCUUUUAUCAGCUUGGUUGUGAUGAAACCAGGACCAAGCUCCAAAUCGCAAGUAAGCAACCUCAAACCAAUACACAAUUGAACGGAAAACCUGAGAACUCUGAGGAAAAAGAUAAAUCGUUAGCAGAGCAGCGCAAAGGAGUUGGUAAAGUGUCGAGUACUAUAUCAAUGUUUCAGAAGGCACAUCGGCAGUUUGAGGGAGAUGGAUAUACCUCACCAUCGGGUGUUAAGGGCAUUCUUCGCGACUCCAGUAUAACCGAUAUAAACCGAAGAUUGGAUCGGCUUGAGCCAACGUUGGAAGUCGAGGAUAAAAAGAGUGUCCGUUUUAAUCUUGAUCAGGGAGAGAUAAUGAAAAAAUCACCCGAGGAUACCUUAUCUACAAAGAAGACUCAAACUUGUAAGCAUCAAGAGAACUCAGAAGAUGACGACGAGGAUGUUCAAGUGGUAAUUGAAGACAAUCUUGAUGGUAAAGAAGAGGCGGUUGACCAGGUAGAAGAUGAUUAUCUUCUUUGGAAUGAGAAAGGUGGAGUAUACAAUUUGAAUCCCUUCCUAUUGGACUCAAACAAAUCAAUUACUGUCUCCGGUGGACAGCAGUCACCGCCAGAAGAGCCAACUGAUAAGACAAACGAAUGUGAAGCACCCAAACUGUUUUACGAUGACACAGACUCCGAUUCAAAGGGCAGUUCUGUGCGCAGCUUUAUUAUAAACAAGUCUGAACAGGACUCGUCCCUGCUGGCAGGAAACAAUGCCUUUGACCUGGAGGAAUUGGGUCGAAAGCACAGCUAUGAGCUAGAGCAGCUACAGCUCAAAUCCGCGCAGGCAGCUCCCGAAAAAUCGAUAUCCGGUAAUUCUGAUAGUAAAUUUAGCGAGGCCCAGCUGCAACAGGACUUUGAAGCAAUAAGGCGGGAUCACGAGGCGAAACUAAAGAGAUUCAGACACGAAUACGAUCUACGUCUCACAUCUCACCAGCACAAAUUAGAGGAAGCUUUCGAGCUCCAAAUAGAAAAGUAUCGCGUUCAGCUGGAGCGUCAGUUGCAAAACAAGCGAAGUCUCGUGGUGAGCGAACACAAGAAUCGGAUUGACAGCCUGCAGAGCAAUCAUGAUGAGAUUCUUCGUGAGCUCGAACGAGAACUACACAACGAGGAGGAAAUUAUCCGGCGAGAGCAGGCAGCUCGACUUGCCCAACUCCGCGACAAGUUCGCCCGUGAGUUGGACUUGGAAAAACAGCGGUUUCGGGAGAAGGGCGAGGAAAGACUAUACGAGAAGGUGCGUUGCGAGAAGCGUCUCCUCGAGGACAAGUAUCGGUGCCUCAAGGAGAAGUAUGUCCGACUCAAGACUGACGUUAAGCUGUCACUGGAGCGACGCAAUCGGCGACGGGAGGCGCAGCUCGUUCCCCAGCACACCCACACCAAUAAUAGCACCAAGUCGAACACGGAGAUGGAGCGUUCCAUCUACUACAAGCCCCCCACUCAUUCCGGUAAUAGCGACAACCGCUCACUCAGCUUCUCGGAUCAGGCAAUCGCCGGUGAGGCGGUAGUGAAACCACCCGUUCCGCACAAAGGUCAACUAUCCAAGUCGUACAACUCGUCGUGUAUUAGGCAGUUACAGCUUCAGGAUGAUAACACAUCCAUAAGUCAAUCCGAUACGACAUUAUCGAAUACGUACAACAACGGUCGCUAUGGAAAAUUUCUCAAGUCUGCCAGUGGCGCACUAUCAGCGAGGAGCGACAAUGGGAACUUGUCCAGGGAGCCACUUGGUGGCGCUGUGGCACUGCAGUCCGGAAGUCUCGAGAAGAAUAACAACAGUAACCAGGUGAAGGAAACGGGAACGGGAAUUGGCAGGAUCGUCUUCUCCCGCACCAAGUCGGCAUCGACCUCGCGUCUAAAUUCGGACACCGGCUACAAAGGGGAGCGACCGUGCACUCCCGUGGAGAACUUGCGUCAUCAGCUGCAAAAGCUGGAGGCUCUGGAGGAUCAGUUUCCCGAGAACACGCUGGAUGCCCCCUAUCAUCUGAGAUACCCAUUCACGGAUAUCUCCAUCAAACCGAAUGGCGUGGGCUCGGAGCUGGAAUUUUUCAAGCAUCGAAUCCAUCUUGAGCGGGAUUCAGUGCGUCGGGCCAAGGAGUCGUUGCGGACACAGCGAACUAAUUUCAGGCUGAGGCAGCGGGAGAUUGGCCAGCAACGCAAGACCAGCGCCCUGUCACCGCCGAAACACUCGAUCGACCAGCUCAUCCAGGAGGAGAAGGAACUGACCGAGAUGGAGGUGAACCUGCACCGCACCCGCUCCCUGCUGGGCGAGAAGAUAAUACGGCUGAGGCAUCUGGAGCAGAGCCUGCUGCGCAUCUACGAAAAGGAGAAGUCCAUCCUGGACCUGGGUGCCAUGGACGAUGCGGCCACGCUCAGCGACCUAUCCUCGCACUCCAGUUCCGGCUUCAGCAGCACCGAACUGGCCAGUGCCGCCGAUUUCCACAAGAAAAAGGAGUACUAUCAACAGGAGUCGAACGAGUGCAUUGAGAAUCUGGAAAUUCUCAAUGCAGAGAUCCGGGAAAUCCUGGAUAUCUUUGGCCAGAAGCAGCAUGAGCAAUCGGCCACGGCCAUUCCAAUAUUAUCGCCACGCGAUCUGGGCUGGUCGCAUGUGCUCAAGCAUCAGCAUUCCGCUGGAGGGCAGCUCCAGACCAGCAGUUCGACACCAACGCACUUUUCCCUGGCCGAUGAUAUUGAGGGUGUAGGUGUUGGUGGCAGUGGCAGUGGUGGGGCGGUGCACAUGCCCCACUCGAUACCCACUCUGGCGGACCGUUUGGAGACAUAUCGCCAGCUGGCCGCCGGCCGGAUGCAGAGCUCCAUGGGCGCGGCCAUCCUAACGGCCAACACCAUUGUGUCGCAGAGUCCGCGUGCCGUGAACUACACCACCUGCUUGGUGGAGCGCACCCGGGACCUGCGCAACUGGCUCCGGCAGGCGAAGAACGAGCAUGACUUCCUGGUGGGCAUGGGCGUCCAGCAUGGGCUGUCGGGGCCAACUUCGGUGGCCGGUCUCGGCGAGGCAGGUGCUGGGUCAGUAACUGGGAUUUGUGCAUCCAGUGCUAGUGCAUCCACUAUCAACUCUACAUCUACUGCUACUGGCGGAAGUUGCGCUCGCGGCAAAAAUGAUAUUUAAAUAAAGCAUGGGGUAGUGCAUAUUUUAAUUAAAAAUACUCAUAGUUACUAUUUGUGAUCUUU